AUGACGCCAGUGGCUUCACAGCCCUUUAAAGCGAUACCGAGCGUUGCACAGUUGAACAGAGGUAAACCAGUCUUACCGAUCCACUCGCAUAACGAUUAUUGGAGAAAGACACCCCUAUUCGAUGCACUUGAGUUGGGCAUCCAGUCCGUCGAAGCAGACGUGUGGUCCUUGAGGGACGAUGAGGAUAUGCUCUACGUUGGCCACAGAGUGUUUUCGUUGACACAGUACAACAGUUUGGAGAGACUAUACACGGGACCUUUGUUGGAGUUGUUGAACUCCACCAACCCGGACUUGACGUCAACGUCUUCAAGACAAGGCGUUUUCGACUCUGACCCUUCAAAGACGCUAUACCUCUAUAUCGACGUCAAGAACAACCCAGAGAUGGUUUUCGCAAAAUUAGAAUCGCAUCUCAAGCCAUUCUUAGAACGCGGAUAUUUGACCACAUAUUCGACAACAGAUAAACAGUGGUACCACGGCCCAAUCACGGUGAUUGUUAGCGGAGAAGUUCCAGUGGAACAGAUUAGCUCAAUGUCGUUAAGAACGAUGUUCAUCGACUCCCCACUGGGCGACUUCACCCAGUUGGAGGAGAAACUCCACGAGCUAAACAACACAGACCCACUAUCCACCAUAUCGAUAAUGUCUUCUGCAUCCUUGAAGAAAAUCACAAACAGUAAAGGCAUGACCCAAGGUGGCUUGACUUUGGAGGAGAGGGCAUCUGUUAAGGAGGCCAUCGAAAACGCACACUCAUUGGGCAUCCGCACGAGAAUCUGGGAGACUCCAUCAUGGCCAUUGGAACAGAGAGAUAAGGUUUGGCGUGAUUUGAUGAACCUGGGCAUCGAUAUGAUCAACGCGGACGACCUAUUGGGUGCUGUGUCGUUGUAA